AUGGCAGAAGAGGCGGUUAUACGCUGCGAAGUGCGGUACCAUCGAGGUAUCGAGCAGCAGGAUACCGUUCCAGAAGAUGAUGACCCAUAUGACACGUUGCUGCUGCGGAUGAGCAUCACUAUGGCCCAAAGUGACGAGGAUGCUGCAGACGAGUUGCAGCUGCACGGCCGAUGGGCCGCCAUGUUUCAGACCGCCGGGCCUGGGGACAUGCUGCAGCUCGAGGGCGUCGAGGAGCUGUCGGACGAUCAGCGCAACGGCCGCUGUUUCUCAGUCUCCGGCGACGCAGCCGCCAUGGUCCUGAAAUGGAAUUCCAAAGCACUCAUGCCACAUGUGGUGGCUUCGGAAAAUUUCAGUCGUAGCAUAAAGAACCCGAAACAAGGUGUCGCACGACUCUUUCAUCAUGGUCUGCGGUAUGCACUCACGGGAUCUUCGGACGGGGCCGGCGGGUUUCUUUCCACUGAGCUAUCUUCGACGGUAACGACGCCUGAGUUCAGGGCCAAUAUAAAUCCCAGGAGAUGUAAAGGAUUCUUCUGCAUCCGAAGGCUUCAGGUCCACAGCAAUGCGAAGCCUGUACCCUCUCCAGGCUGUAACCAUCUAUCGGGAUGGCUUCCACUACCGUGUCGACAAGAAGAGCAUGGAGGAUUCCUCCCUCGAGGAAGGUGGAUGGAAUGUACCGCUACCAUCGCUGGCUCUGCACUCUGCGCGAUGGGGCAGAUGUGGGGGCCUCGCACACUCCAGUCUCCACCCCACGCUGACCCGCACAGGCAGGAUGCUACUGCAUGUCCAAGGGGAUGGAGCAGACAGGACACUCGACAAAAGUGCCCACAAGCUGCACAAGACUUCGAUCCUUAG